AUGCAAAAAUUUGUGAUGACUCUGGAAUUCCAGCAGGAUUUUUUGGAGGCUUUUCAGAAUAGUACCAUGGAGCAAUGGUACAAAAAGAACAAAGAACUUCUUAUAAGAAUUUCCGAAGAUUUAAAACGAGUAAAAAUUCCAAAAUGCGGGAAGAAAAUGGAGGAGUUGUGUGAAUUGAUAUGCGAUUCAUUUCUACCAUUGUUAAAAUCGCUUUGGGAUUCAACAGUGCUGGGAUUAAAGACAAAAUCUAGAAUCAAAAAGUUCAAAACAAGACUACUCGAAUUAAAUCAGACUAAAAAUUGGACACCGUUCCAAUCCAAAUAUAUGUAUUAUUUCGACAGUGUUUUGGGUUUUAUGAGAGAACAAGGAAUUGUGGAUAUAAGGGUUCAGGGAUUGGAUAAAGUGAGGCAACUUAGUUUUUUUGAAGCCAUUCAAUGUGAGCCAAUUCACCAAAGGCAUAAAAAUCAGAGACAAGUUUCGACUAGCUACAGUAACCCAACGCCAGUCAGCUACAGUAACCCGGCUCCUGUCAGCUCCAAUCAAAAAGAACGAAAAGCCAAAACCAACGACCGGAAAGCAGAAAAGGAAUACAAAAAGCAGUUGGAAGAAAUCCGGAAGGGUCCGGAUCCUGAGGUACAAUUCAGAAGUGACACCGACCGGAAAGGAAAAAAAGGACCGGAAAAAGUGAAAAGAGCUGAAAGCCAAACAUCUCUCUCCUCCAACUUCUCCCUCGCUCGAAAAGAGGCCGACAUAGCAUUCCGAAAAUCUCUCGACGCUCAAAACCAGGCGUUUGCCGAGGAGCUCCGUAUAAAACGUGAAAAACGAGAGCAAAUGAAUCGGGAAGCCGAGGAGGACAUGAGACAGUUCCGGAAGGAGUCGGCGUUAAGGAUUCAGAUGUUCUUGAAUUGUAUCAAGUUGAGGAUACGGUGGGAGGAGCAAGAACAAGAAUGGGGCGAUUGGUUGAAGGCGGUGAGGAGUCCCGUGGUGAAGGUGAAGACCACUUUUUUGAAUUUCGAUCAUAACCGGAAGUUUAAUGACAAGGAGGAUAAUAAGACAGAACUCCUAUAUCUCCAAAAGUGUGUGCAGACUGCGUACGACAAGCUUAUUCAUGAAUUCGACAAACUUACAUUGCUAUCCGAUCGAUAUGACAAUAAGCUAUUCCUGAAAAUAAUACAGAGUAGUAUUAGCAAGAUGGCAACGAAGUUGUGUAUACUUAUGGAUGCGUUGGAUGGUUUUGAGAACACCGAUUCAUUCUUCAACAAACUCUCUACUCUGGAACGAAAAAUCGAUUCGAUGGACAUCCCGACCACUUCGAAAAUCCGUCUGAUCUGUGAGACAGCCAAACCUGAAGACUAUAAAAUUGUAGAAAAACCAAGAGCUCCAAAGUCUCAUUGUGUCAUUACGGAAAUUUAUUGA